AUGGCAUCGAUUCCCGAUCCCAAAAGGCAAUUCAAAGAAUUUCAACAGUCAUUUUUCAAAGCUCUUGUCUCUGCCACUGCAGCCAGCAAUGCGAUUCCAGUCAAUGACGUCGGUUAUUUGAGAUCGCUCGAUCGCCAGUUCGCCAAAGAUCUCGACACGUGUGGAUCUCGACUUUUGAAAACGUCGAACCAGUUACUUCAACAUUGCAGCGCUGACACAGGUGUCGAAGCCAGCACAUACGAAGACGUGGACGAUGUGAAUGAACGUUAUGGCGGUGUUGUUGACGUUGUUGACGGUUUGCUUGAAAAAGCUGAUGUCUGCUUGGAUGAAAUGUUAGGCCGUACUGGCAAAGGCAAUGAUCAAAUAAAGCAACAAGCGGCCGAAGUAGCACAGGUGUCCAAGGGCAAAUUGGAAUACAAGCUGUUGCACGCAAGCAAUAUCGUCCGUCCUCAGAUGAAAUUCAAGGAUGCUGUCGAUAACUCAAACAGCACUCCGUUUAUUCGCAAAAUCAAGCACAAGCCCCAUGCCCAAGUGCCUUUGGAAUAUGGUGUCACUCCCGACAUGGUUGAAGGAAUCGAAGGAGGCAAACUGACACACUCAUUGCCUCAUCCAUACGAAUACGAGAUUCAGCACAUCAAGUACCCUGACUUUAUGUUUCAAGCAAAGGAACGCAUCAUGUACGAGCCUUUUGAUACGACCACUGCAGCUUGGGUAGACGACGAUGCAUCGUUGGAAAAAAUGAUGGACGAGCUAGCAAAGGCACACGAAAUCGCUAUCGAUUUGGAACAUCACAACUACAGAAGUUACCAGGGCUUUACGUGUUUGAUGCAAAUCAGUACCCGCGAGCAUGACUUUAUUGUGGAUACUUUGCAGUUGCGCGACCGUCUUUGGCAGUUGAACGAAUACUUUGCUGAUCCCAACGUCGUCAAGGUGUUACACGGUGCGGAUAGUGAUAUCAUUUGGCUGCAACGCGAUUUUGGAUUGUACAUUGUCAAUCUCUUUGAUACGUACUUUGCUUCUCAAUUGUUGGAAUUCCCACAAAAAAGCUUGGCCUAUUUGCUGAGAACAUACUGCAAUGUUGAGGCCGACAAAAAAUAUCAGCUUGCCGAUUGGAGAAUUAGACCUUUGCCUGAGGAAAUGCUCAAAUACGCCCGGGCAGAUACGCACUACCUUUUAUACAUUUACGACUGCGUACGGAACGAACUGAUAGAACGAUCGGCCGCCAACGACAACUUAUUACGAGCAGCACUUCAACGGUCCGCCGGUGUCGCAGCACAAAAGCACGAAAAAGAAGUCUAUGAUUUGGAAACUGGCGAAGGACCUAAUGGUUGGAAGGGUCUGUUACGAAAAUGGCAACACCCGAUGACUACUCAGCAAAUGGCAGUCUUUAAAGCAUUACAUCAAUGGCGCGAUGUGACAGCACGCGAGCAAGACGAAUCUGUACGCUUUGUCUUACCUAAUCAUAUGUUGUUUUCACUCGUUGAACGCAUGCCAUCUGAUUCUGCCGGCGUGAUGGGAUGCUGCAAUCCGUGUCCACCACUGGUUCGAAUGAACGCACAAUCGAUUGGUAUUCUGAUACAAAAGACGCGCAUGGAUGCAGUAUUACCAUCAUCAGCACAAUCAUCAGCAGCAACACAACAACAGCCGAUAAAGACCGAAACACUUACUGAAAAGAAACCAGCAACGUCAAUUACAAGUAUACCAAUCAAGAAAAUCAAAGUUGCAAAAAUGGAAGUUGAUCCUUCGGCAUUCGAUUUGUCAAAGGUGGAUCACUUACGACGAGAACAUGCAGAAAUGGUUGGCAAGGCCGUGUCGAGUUUGUUUGGUGAAGCUAUGGAUGACGCAAUUGAUGAUGCUUUAAACGAAUCUACGCGUGCCUUAGUAGAUGAAAUUCGAUCCAACUUGAGAUUGACCUUACCUUUCGAAGGAUUGAAGUUCAAGCAGAAAGUAAAGGAAGAACCAUUGUCGUCGCCAUCCGCAGCAACAGCCCAGGCCGAACAAUCAUCCAGCAACCAACAGCAGCCAGCCGAACUUUUGUAUGUGGCGCCUGAAAAACGCGAAACAAAGAAGCGAAAGGCGGUAGAAGCAUCAUCAUCAACAACAACAACAACACAACAAGAACACGCUGUACAAGAAGAGCAAGAUGCUAUCGUGCUAAAAGAUACCAUGCGCAAGACGAAAAAGAAGAAAGGUAGCAAGAAAAAGAAGAGCAAGACUCCUCCUCAAGAGUAA